GCACAAAGGGGGUGAACGUGUCCAGACGCACAUUCACACAAUACCCCCCGGGGGGCACACCUGCACCUGCACGUCCAUUUCCUGGAAAAAAGGGGGGACGGGGCGUGGGAAAUUCCCCAAUACUGGCCACUUACUACUGAUGCAUACCCUGGAAGAGUCCACGAUGCCAGGAUAUGGCGACAAUCAGAUGUUAAGGUGGCUAUGCAAGCUUUUAAUGCAGAGAACCGUAGGCCAUAUUUACUACUGGGAGAUGCAGGAUAUCCACUUUCACCUUACAUUCUUACACCUAUAGUUGAUGCAGCCGAAGGCACCCCAGAAUAUCGGUACACACGUCGACAUACACACACACGUUGUGCUAUUGAAAGGGUAUUUGGAAUGUUGAAGGGAAGGUUCAGGUGCCUACAUAAGGAUCGAGUUUUAUUCUAUGAACCAGAGAAGGUAGUAAAGUUCUUCAAAAGUUGUGCAAUAUUGCACAACAUAAUGAUAGACAAUGGAUUACAACUAGAUGACGAAGAUUUUAAUGAAUCAGAAGAUGAUGACGAGGAACAGCCUGGAGAUGAUGAAGUGCACGGCCCAGCUGCAAGAAGAGAACGAAAUCAAGAUUUGCAGAGGGGACGUCAACUCAGACAGCAAAUAAUGAACGAAUGUUUCAUGUGAUUACGUUAGUACUGUUAUUACCUCCAGUUUCAUAACAUUCAAAAAUUAUUUGUGUCAUUAAAUAAUGGAGGAAUUAUUUUAUCAGUAAUGAUUUUUAUUUCUUAAUUGCGAAUCAGUUAUUUAUGAUUAAAAUGAUGAUUUAUGUAUUAAAAUUCUUGUAAAAAUA